ACACUCUAAACAGCCGCUUUUUUAUAUAAUCCACCGCAUUUCAGGAGUAGUAUUGCAAAUAAUUUCGCAAAUUUCUCAUUUCUUAAAACAAUUCUUCAUAACUAACUUCUACAAAAACAACAAUAACAAUGGCUGAUGGUAAAGCUUGUACCUUGUGCGACAAAAUUGGAUUGAAACCAUUCACCAAAGAAAACAUUUACUACUACUACAUUCCCAUUCAUGGUCUGGCGAGUUAUGGGGCAUUAUCUCUAAAUGUUAUGAAUCCUUCGCUGGUAUCGAAGGUCCUUAGCCCUAGGAAGGAUUUGACAAAUGCAUUGCUGUUGAGUUCCGUUGUGGGUGCAGCUUUCUACAUUUAUGGACGUCCCGCCUUAAAGGCUGUUCCUAAUGGAAAGCGCGGUCUAUACGCUAUGUUGGGCGGCGGUUUGUGGGCAAUGGGCAGUGUUCUCUUCUGGGCUGUUUUGAAAUCUGUGUGCCCUUCAGAUAAGGCUGCCGUUGCCACUAUUGCCGGUCUAGCUACUGGAGCUGUAAUUGUUAAGGUUGGCAAAGACUAUUUUGAAGAUGUUGAUAAACAAAUUAAGUAAACAUCGGCUGUAAAAAGUGGUUACUGCCAAUGACAUCAUCAUAUUUCUUUGUGUGUCUUAAUAGAUUAGAUGCAUUCAAAAUGCUUCUCCUCAGUCAUUGAUAAAAGUGAAUUUUUUCUAACUGCGUACUUGUGUUGGUGUUUUUUCAUUUCUAUCAUUGAAAUUUACAUUUUGUUUAUGUUUGUUUUAAUUAUUUAGACGUUAAGUUAAAUGGGCAUAUGCAUACUAUAUAGAAUACCCUUUCCCAAAAAAAACGAAUAAAAUCUUAUAAUAAAAAGUGAAUAGAAAUAA